GAUUUCCAUGGAGAGGUCGGGCAGCCACAUCUUCCAGCUGACAGGUCCGGGUGCUGACCGUGACCCCCGAGGUCUCUUCACUAUUGACAUCCACACAGGAGACGUAUCAGUCAGCCGCUCACUGGACCGAGAGGCCAUAGACUCCUACCAGUUGGAGGUUUCAACCACAGACUUUGCGGGGAACCUGGUGGAAGGGCCCACUAUCCUGGUGAUCACCGUCAUAGACCAGAACGACAACCGGCCCAUCUUCAGAGAGACGCGGUACACGGGAGAGGUGCUCGAGGGAUCCCCUACAGGCACCACAGUGAUGAGAAUGACAGCGUUUGAUGCAGACGACCCGGCCACAGAUAACGCCGCCUUACGUUACAACAUCAUCAGACAGUCUCCUGACAAACCCUCUCCAAACAUGUUCUACAUCGACCCUGAGAGUGGAGACAUCGUGACCGUCAUCUCCGCCAAGCUGCUCGACAGAGAGACUCUGCCCACAACAACCUACGAGCUGGAGAUCGUUGCUAAGGACAUGGCGGGGAGCGAGGUGGGUCUGACGGGGACGGCCACAGCCACCAUCACCAUCACAGACAAGAACGACCACAGCCCCGAGUUCACACAUCCGCUGUUUGAGGCAUACGUGUACGAAGGAUCAACCGGAGUGGUCGUCAACCUGACAGUAGACGACAGGGACGACCCUGCGACGGGAGCAUGGAGAGCCAUCUUCUCUAUAAUCAGUGGAGACCCCACCUCCAGCUUUGAGAUCCAGACAAACCCGGACGAUAAUGAGGGAAUGCUAUAUGUUGUCAAGCCUUUGGACUAUGAGGCCACGGGCUUCCACACACUCCUCAUUAGAGUUGAGAAUGAAGAUCCUUUAGUACCAGAAGUUGGAUAUGGCCCCAGCUCCACGGCAACAGUUCAUGUGAGAGUGUUAGACAUCAACGAAGGCCCAGUAUUCUUCCCGGACCCUCUCAUAGUCACUAUGAUGGAGAACAUCCCAGUGGGCAGUUUUGUGGCAUCACUCAAUGCGACAGAUCCAGACAUUUUGCAAGGGCAGAGCAUCAGGUAUGCAGUUUUGCGAGACCCGGCAGGCUGGCUCAAUGUGAACCCGGUCAGAGGAAUUGUCAACACCACAGCUUCACUGGACCGAGAGUCUCAUUAUGUCCACGACAACAAAUACACAGCACUCUUCAUGGCUACAGAUAAUGGUAAUCCUCCAGCAACAGGCACGGGGACGUUGAUAAUCUACCUGGAAGACUAUAAUGACAACGCCCCCUAUGUGGUGCCAUCUGUAGCGCGGGUAUGUGAAGACGCCCAUGAUAUCAAUGUGGCCAUAGUGGGAGGCAGAGAUAAAGAUCUACCACCCAACGGCGCCCCCUUCAAGAUAGAACUGGGAAAACAGCUGGGCCUAGACAACACAUGGAGAGUCACAAGAGUCAAUUCCACACAUUCCCAGAUCAUGCUCUUGCAUAGUCUGAAGAAAGCCAACUACCAGCUACCGUUGCUCAUCACUGACUCGGGAGUGCCCUCCAUGUCAAACAUCACAGAGGUCAAAGUUCAGGUGUGCGAGUGCAAGAAGAACAAGAUGCUGUGCAGCUCAGCCCAGUCCCACCACAGUAGCCGCAGCAGCUGGAGCCUAGUAGUGCUGCUGGGGACGCUGCUCGUCGCCAUGCCCUGCCUGUAGAUUCUGCUGAAAACCUCCCGUAGUCCCUUUUUUUGCAACAUCGGAAAGCAGCGACUUAUCUCCCCCUACGCAAACCCAGGCUUAGGAGAGCAAAAGAGGAUGGAGGACACAAUAAAAAACAAAAGAAGAAGAAUGGAGGAGGAGUCUUCUCACCAUGACAAAUCAAAUAAGGAAACAACACAACCCCCCCCUUCCUGGCGCACAUGGACUUUUUGAAGAAAUCUCACUUAUACAAAAUCCUACACUUUUUUUUUUUUGUUGAUUGUCACAUCUUCAUUUUUAUGUAUAUUUUACGAUCUCUGUAGUUUUCCCUCUUCUGUUUCAAUUCAUUUUUGUUAUUUCAGCUCAUCGUCCAUACACUGGGUAUUAGCAUUUUCCAUGGCACGCUGCCAGGAGAUACUUGAAACAUCAUGUGAUCCAUUUUGUAAUAUCACAUAAAGCUAUACAAGCGAUACAUAAUCUGUCAUAGCUACCUCUUUUGUUUUAUCCCCUUCAGUUACCUAAAACCCUCACCUCUCUCAUUUCACGACUGACCUCCUCAUCGAGCCAGCAACUGCAAAAUGGCAACGCUUGCUGGCCAACUGGAAUUGCAUAUAUUUCUGACUUUGAUAUUUCUGUUUUAUUGAUCAUAGACUGUGUUCCAUCUGAUUUUUAGACAGAGGGAACAAAGCGUAUGUCUUUGUCUGCAGUGGUUGUGAUUUUUUUUUAGGACAAGAUGGUAGCCAUAAGCCUUUUAAAAGUCUGUAUCUCUCUCUGGGGUUUGCUCCAGUUUGCUUCUGUUUUUAUUAGUUGUCAUGGAGUGGAAACCGUAUAUCUUUAUAGUAACGGUGAAAGUGAAACCUUGAAAAAAAUCGAAAUAUUUUAUUUUUUACCAUUGUAUAAAUAUACAGUAUUGAUUAACUUAUGUACUUUGGUCGCCCACAGUGAGUAAUAAAGAAAAAUAAACCUCUUUUAUGGUGGAUUUUAGGCACUAUUUCUAAUGAUAAACAUGAGAAGGAGUUUUGUGUAACAUCUCAUUGUUUUUAGGUUUUUUGGACUGUGAAAAUUGCAGAAUCAAGAGUGUGUCCAUUUGUUUCCGUUCAAUUUCUCUAUGUCACUUCUGCCCUUUUCAAAUCCAUAAAUGUUUGAAGAACAACUGAGCAGGUUUGCAAAGGCUGUGAGUUUGGUGCAUAGUUUGAAAUCCUGUUUUCUCUCCAGCUCAUAAAGAACCACGUAGUGAGACUGUGGGUCUGUGUGGAAGACCACCUUUAAAGAAAAAGAUGACAUUUUGAAUGAGUUAUGUCUGUCUUUUGCACUAAUUUAAUAAAGCCGUUACUGAAAAUUCCC